AUCUCCCUAUUUUUACUCGAAAGUCCCGUGCUCCACUAGGGGUCCUAUCCGGAUUCGUAGGGACACCGGACACCCCGCUUCCCGCAUCGAAAUCUGGGUGGGGUGGGAUCCAUGGCGGCGGCGGAGGGGACGAGGAAGAAGGUCAUCAUCGACACCGACCCCGGAAUCGAUGACGCGAUGGCCAUCUUCGUGGCGCUGCGGUCGCCGGAGCUGGAGGUGCUGGGCCUCACCACCACCUUCGGCAACGUCCACACCGCCCUCGCCACGCGCAACGCGCUCCACCUGCUGGAGGCUGUUGGCCGGACCGACAUCCCCGUCGCGGAGGGAUCCCAUGUAACAAUCAAGAAAGCCUCCAAGCUGAGGAUUGCUAGCUUCGUUCAUGGCUCAGACGGUCUGGGAAACCAGGACUUCCCUGCACCGGCUACAAAGCCGGUGGAUCAGACGGCUGCUGCCUUCAUGGUUGAGCAGGCAAACCUGUACCCCGGACAAGUUACCAUCGUCGCCCUCGGUCCACUGACCAACCUUGCUCUGGCGAUCGAGCUUGACCCUUUGUUCCCCAAGAAGAUAGGGCAGAUAAUUAUUCUCGGUGGUGCGUAUUCGGUCAAUGGAAAUGUCAACCCUGCAGCUGAGGCAAAUAUAUUUGGGGAUCCUGACGCGGCAGAUAUCGUGUUCACCUGUGGUGCUGAUAUUUUGGCCGUGGGACUAAAUGUAACCCACCAAGUAGUUCUUACAGAUGCUGACCGGGAGAAGCUUGAACAGUGUGAUAGCAAAUACGCUCGCUACUUAUGCAAGAUAAUGGGCAUUUAUUUUGAUUACCACAAGGAUGCUUACUUCAUAAAAGGAGUGUAUCUCCAUGAUCCGACAACGCUUAUUGCUGCAGUAAAUCCGUCACUGUUGACUUACACAGAAGGUGUCGUGAGGGUGCAGACGGUUGGAAUCACAAAGGGUCUUACAGUUUUCGACAAUACCAAGAAAAGGUACGGGGAGAUCACAGCCUGGACCGGCAUGCCGACCGUGAAGGUUGCGGUCACCGUUGAUGCCCCCGCUGUGGUGGAGCUGAUGAUGCAGAGGCUGAUGACGGAUGAUUAAUCGACGACUGCUGAUUUGCACGACCUGAGACCGAUUGCUGGAUAAUCCCUCUGUUUGCAGUGCAUCCUAGGGCGGCGGCUCAAGAUGAGUCCUGAUUGAAGCUGAUGCUGGAUUAUGCAGUGCUGCUCGAAAGAAAGCACUUUGUACUUAUAACAUUGAGGGAUGAUGUGCCUUUGUUUCUUUCAGACUUUGAAGUCUAUAAGAAAGAAAGAAGCGUUGGAAGCAUACAUGUGUAACACCAGACAUGCAUUGUGUUUGUGGCUUGAUGCAUAUAUGUUGGUCCCUGAAACCUUCCUGA